UCCUAUUACUUCAUUUUUCUUCCUUCAAGUUCAAUUACAUGAUCACAAUUCUCUCUAGGGUAUAUACUUUGUACAUGCUAUGAUGUCAGACAAAGAUUUUCAUGGGGAGAAGAAGCCUAAGGAAAUGUCACCCUUGAUAAUCACCCCCCUGAGAAAUGGUAAUAUAAAAGCUGAAUUUACUGUGAACAAGCAUGGCAAGUGCAAAGAGAUUACACUGAUAUUAGAGAAAAUGAGUCAAUCUGGCCUGUAUACUGUGGAUGAGGGCAAACGCCAUGUCCGCAUAGAACAGACAUCUGUGGAUGACCAUUGGGUUAUCUUUUGUGAAGGCGAGUUCCAUGGAAAGCAAAUAAGAUUUGCCAAACUUGUGGGUCCAAGUCCAGAAGAGAACCUACAAGCCCUGAACGAGUAUAAGGAGAUGGCCAAACUUAGAGGAUUUGAUGAAACAAAAAUCAUCAUUCCCAGGCAAACUGAGGUUUGCAGCCCAGAAAAAGUUUAAGGAGAUGCUUCCUUUCAACUUUAGAAUCAAUGCUGCCCAGGAAAUCCCAGUCAUAUCCUCAGAUGACAAGCUGUUUCUUGUACCUGGCUGCUACACAAGAUUCCCCCACCCCACCCCCAUUCUUGACCUUUUCCUCCAAUUUUUAUUUUUUUCUUCCAAUGCAAUAUAAACAUAAAAAAACAUUCA